GGUUUCACUUUUCCCGUAUGUCGCCGGCAGAGGAGUGAAUGAUCGUUCCAUAUUUUUAAUUUUCACUGCCACCGUUACACUCACCUCUGCCCUUUCCAUGCGUGCUAAUUUGAACAGUGCUGCAUUUAGACUAGCUUCCACGUUUCCACCCUGUACUACGGCUUCUAACCGCGCGAAAAACCGAUUCCGUUCGUCAAGGCUUUGACGUGCUAUCCUGACAGCUGUGCUCACAAGUUGUCAAGUGUUUGUGGCUGCUUCGUGGACUGCGGUGCGCGCCCAUGCCGCCUCUACACCUACUGUUUGAGCACGCUGAGCCAGCCCCGGCAAGUUGCAGCUCAGCCGAGCGUCUGCUGUAAGCAUGGAAGACAUAUUCUACAAACUCGUGAAGGAAGCUUCGCAUCAGAAGCACCCUGCGUUACGUCAAGCAUGUCAGGAAGCUCAAGAGGCCUUGGCAAACAAGCAUGCUUUGUUGAGGAACCCGCCAUAUGAAGUCAGGCAAAAGUGCUUUGACGCUUUGCAACUGGCGCUGGAAUCCAAAGAAAAGAAGCUUGUUUCCCUGUCCUUUAGUGGCUUACAGCAACUACUACGAGAACAGCUCUUCAAUCCAAACCUGGAAUGUGAUGAUGAACAGCUUUGGCUGCCGUCUCAACUAAUGAGAGCCAUCUCAUCUUUGGCCUCUCAACCAGAGGAAGCACAAGUUGAAGGCCUGAAGGUUAUCCUACAGUGCUGCUGCCUUCAGAAUUGGUGCCUCUCACAAAAUGCGGUCUUCUCCAUCGUUACGCUGUGCCUGAACAUCUACAGCCACGGCUCUGCUGGGACCAAGUCUGCCGCUGUGGCAUCAGCCAGCCAGAGCGUUCAGGGCUAUGUCUCCUUCCUCUUUGAGUCUGCCGCAGAGGAUGCAGCAGACGAGGAGGAGAGGAAAAGUGUGGACGAAGGAUGCGAUCCCUAUAACGAAGGCCAUAUUUCUCCAUUUGAUGAAGUUGUGCCUCUGUUUCUUUUCCUCUGCGAGAAGCUGAAAGAGGACAAACGGAAUGGUUCCAGCUCAACGGCUCCACUGCUGCUGCACUGCAUUCAGACAGGCCUGAGCUCUCUUAGAGGGCAGGCUAGGAAAAGUCAGCCUUUUUUAGACUUUGUUUGGCAGCAGUUGUGCCCAAGGCUAGUUGGCUGCCUUGGUUCCCCACUGAAGGACAAGAACAUAGUGUCAGCACAGCGCUUCGAGAAAGGUGAAAUGGGCAGGGGCUCAGGCUGCCUCACCACUGCUCCCUCGUACCACGCUGAAGAGGCAAGACUUGUUUAUGGCAUUGCCCUGGAGUUGGUGACCAUCGUGGGUGAGGUUGGAGCCUUGCGGCCAGUGUUGGGGUCUCUGUUUCACAGAAUGUUGCUCUACCCCUUGCCCCAGCACUGUCUCGAACCACUCAAGUUUGUCAAGCAGAUGCUAAAGAACCCGGAGCAGUUGCUGCAGUUUGCCGGACCUCCAUUGUGGGAAGACACCAAAAACCCACGGUUGAGCAGCCUAGACUUGCUGAAAAUUGUUGUCGACGGGCUUGGAGAGUGCUGCCACAGCAAUGAACCCAGUGUCUGCUACAUCAGCGUUGAAUGCGUGGUGGCGCUGCUAUCAAGUUUGGAGACCCUAGUUUCGGGCUCCAGAAUCUCAGACCAGAUGGCAGAACGACUGAACGCCACCUUUCCGACGUUGCAGUGUGCGGACUACGUCGGUGCAUCAUUUCUAUUCGAGAAGUCAGCUCGAGGCGCGUUUCGAAAUGGGUGGCAAGCGACGGACAUCAAAAGCGGGGAGAAUGGAACUCCACCUGUGACUGAAGGAGCUCAAGUCGUACACCAGACCAGCAUUAUCCAAUGCUCCGAUGUGCAUCUUGAAGAUAUCCACGAUUCACCGAAGCACUCGCUCGUGGAAGAAGCUCUGGAAGCAUCAGAAGUGCAGUGUGAUGCAGAACCUCCUGAGCAAGCGUCCGUCACGCAUGAAGGUGUCGACGAGCAGAAAGAAGGUCACCUUGAUCCUGAGAGUUGUGUACCAGAACUGGAAUCAAGAGAGGCAAGGGAACACGGGGAGGUUGCUUUAGAAGAGGGUAGUUUGCCGGACGAAGAGCUUCAAAGUGGCAGUUACAUGGAAUACAGCCUAGGUGAUGAAGCUUCCGAGUUUGCAGAUGAAAGCCUUUACGACACUGACUUGGCUGAGAAGCCACUGGAAGAAGAAACAGACAUCUCACCUGAGGCAAGAACUUCAGCUAUGGAGAGAGCAGCAAAGACGUUGAUGAAAGAUGCCAACGAGAGCGAGAGAAACCGGCUGGAAAAGUUCUUCGAGUCUAACAACGAGUUUGCCGAGCGAGAGCGCAAGACUGCCAGGGACUUUGUCGAUCACUUGGCCUCCUUUCUGCCGCGCCUGCUCCACAUUCGCAGCUCCAUCGAGGCUGACCAGGAGCUGCAGCAGUUUGCCAGUGACUAUGCUGAAACCCUCUGGCAACAACAGCAGCAACAACACAGUGGCACUGAACUCGAGGGCACACCGCAGCACAUUACGAUCGUUAACGCUGAUGGAAUCUACCUUGCGACCUACUCUGCCCUCCUGCUGGACCUCAAGCUCAUCCAUAGUGGAUACCGCAAGAGGCUUACUGGGGAUGUACCAUUGACAGAGGAAAAGUUUGUGGACGAGGUGCAUGGAAGUGGUGUGCUGGUGUAUUUGUCGGCGACAUGGCUGUCAGAGCUGUAUCAGCAAGUGCUUGCAAGAAGCCUGCUGCGUGAAGCCGGAUACGAACCCGAAUCCAAAAUGAACCUUGCGCUCAUCAACUUACUCACAGAUGUAGACGGCCUUGGAAGCGAUCAGUUAGGUUCACGUCAACUGUCGGAUUAUCGAAGAUUAGAGAGGGCAGCCACCAAUGUGGUCUUUACACCUCACAUGUUGGCCGGCAUGAAGUUUGCUCGUCACGUGCUGACUGCAUGUUGGGACACUAUGCUGGAGGUUCUGUCAGUGCUCCUUAAUGGCACGAACUCCUGUGGUAUUGCAAGCUCUCUGGGCCUCUUGCUCGGAACGGAUGGUGCCAAGGAAGACCAUCGCAAAGCUCGGGAGGCUGUGGCCAACUGCCUUGAUGGACUGCAGUGUGCUGCCAAGCUCUGCAACGUGCUUGGCCUGCAGACCAAAUGUGGGGCCAUCUUUGCCCAGCUAGCAGCGGCAUCAUGUCCGGCUUUGGAUUCCAAUGGGGCCGUUGCUGGCCAAGCACGCAGGAAGACUUCCAAGAGGGACCGUCUCCGCAAGACGAUGCUGUCUAGCCGCAGCAAGUCGGUGCGGCUUCAUGCAUCGCACGUCCUCAGCAUGGACGUCCUGCUUAGCCGGGGCCUUGAACUGGGAAGUCACAGUGCCGUGUGCUGGAAGCAUGUGUUCAGGUGCUGCAGCUACAUAUUGGAACUGGAGCAGAGCUGCUUCCAUGUGAAGCCAACCUCUUCGUCACCUUCAGGAUCUUCGCAUCUGAAGUUGCAGCUCUCAUCAUUCUCAUGGGGCGAAAAGGUUCAGCAGGCACUGAGCCCAAAGGCCCAGCCUUCCUCUGACUGCCUCCUGCUUCAGCCACCAUCUGAGCACUUUGAAGAGGAAAUGGCUGUGGAGGCCCUGUCAAUGCCUGGUGUUGGCCACGCGGGCAGCGCCAAUGUUGUGGACCUGGUGAAGAACGCCACCCAAGCCUCUGGCUCCUCUGUCCUCAUGGGAAAGCAGCUGCAGCCAAUAAUUGAAGCACUGUCGCAGCUAGUGGACAGGCUUUUUGACGAAGCAGCUGGCAAGCUGAACCUGUGUGCUCUCGUUGACUUCCUGUCGGAGCUCUGUGCUGCCAGCCGGAACCAGCUAUUCAACCGCGGCACUCCGCUCACCGCUCGGCACUCUGUGCUGCUGCUGAACAGGCUGAGUGAAGUCAUGCUUCGAUGUUCCCGUGGCGGUCGACCACUUGUGCACAUCAUGAAGGCCUGGAGUGUUGUGGCUCCUCACUUUGUUGAAGUGGCUUGUCACAAGGACAAUGUGAUUGCCAAGAGGGCAGUGACUUCAAUCCAUGACAUUGUGGGUGCCCUGUUGUCAACACACAUUGAUCUGCCUCACUUCCACUUCAACGAAGCUCUGUUCAAGCCCUUUGAGAACAUUCUCUGCCUGGAGCUUUGUGAUGUUGACAUUCAGGAACAGAUUGUGAGCUGCAUCUGUGAGUUUGUCGAAGGAUCAACCGCGGAGAUCCGCUCUGGUUGGCGGCCGUUGUUCGGUGCACUACGGGCCGUGCGCAUGCCGUGUGCAGUAGCAGGACCCCACACUCAACGUGGAAGCUCCGCCAGUAGUGCCGUAUCGGAAAGAGAGCAGCUGGAAAGAACUCACCACUUGCGAGUAGUUCUUGAUGUGUUUGACGCCUUCCUCGGCACGGACAAUCCAAGCGUCUUCGCAAAUGCUGCCGUCGACUGCCUUCUCUGUCUUCUGAAGCAUGUCCGAGGACCAGCUGAGUUACAAGACCAGGCUGAGCCCGAGGCAUGCCUUGCUCAAGACGUGGAGGUGAUCCCUCUCAACCUGUGCCAAGCUGCCCUGCGCUACCUGGAGAGAUGUGCCCAGAUGCUCUCUUCCAUGUACCUGAUGCCAGCGUGUCCAGUCUUCCACUCGGCUCGCAGGAUCAAAUUCAACUCUGAGCCCAACUGUGUAGAUCCAGUCUUGCCAAACAUGGAGCUCAUUUUAUUCAAGGAGCUCGAUUCUGUGUCUCAACACUCUGACAACGAAAAUGCAAAUGACGAAGGAGCCAGCAAGGCGUGGUACGUCCAGAGUGAAAUAGCUGAAGAGCCUGUACCUGCAUCGGUUGACCAAACCGUGAGCCUAGAAGAGCUUGAUCGGCCAACGGGAGUGCUACACGUCUGGUUUCUACUGUUAGAGGGCCUUGCCGGGGCUGUGGCAACGUGUCCUCGCCGUUACCAACCACACACCAUUGACACACUGUUCCAGAUGCUGAGGGGACUUCGAGAGGUUCCCGGGCCAGAGUUUGGUGUAUACGCCGUGAAUCACUUGCUGCUUCCGAUGCUUCAAGGAUGGUUGCGUCGGGCAUCAAAGACAUACCGUGGUUGGGAUGGCUUUGCCAACAACUUCAAGCAAUGCUGCGGCCUGGCAACAGAGCUGGUGGUGGAAUACCUGGGAGAGCUGUCAGCAUCGGGUGCUCUUACCCAAGUAAGAGGUCUCAUGCUUAUGGUUCAUCAGCUGUUCUUGGUAUUGGCCGAAUGCAUCGCCCAACCAGUGGAGGUUGUGUCAAGGCUCGGAUGCGCCUGCAUUCGACAUCUUCUGGUGAGCGGCGGGCCCUCGCUGUCGCCCGACCUGUGGCGCGUCGCGGCGUGCAGCGUGUGGCGGGCGACACGGGCCACCUUGCUCGCCGCCCAGCAGCUGAUGGUGUGCUUCCACGCCGGCUCGGAGAACUUCUACGGCGACGUCGGGCAGGCCAAGGUGGCCGUCCGCCGGGACUGCACUCGCCAGGAGGCCGACCGCCUCAGGCAGCUCUGCCGACAGGUGUUCCUUUUGGACGCCCAGCGCGCCACGCUGAACGUUGCUUCGUGCCGCGUGGAGUCUGCGCCGACUGCGGUCGACCAGGAGUGCUCCUUUAUAUUUCUUCUACACCCGCCCGACAAGGAUCCCGUGCCGGCGACGGCGGCCCACCCCAGCAGCUACGUCGUCCGGGUUCCGUUCCAGCAACUGGUGGUGGGGCUCCUGUCCCACCAGAUCCUGCUGCAAACGCUGGCCACAUUGUUGCUCGAAAGUACGCGGUUCCGGCUACCUGCGCUCGCCAGCGUGCUCGCUUGCCCCGCGUCUCCUGCCCGCAGCAAGCAACAACCCGGCCAGUACCGCCUUGCUGGCCAGCUGGAAGUGAUACCCAUGGAACAGCUUCGCAGCCUGCUCUCCGUGCUCGAGGAAUCAUACAGCACGGCCACCGACUUCGACGAGAGGCCAGGCCUCAAGUUCCUUGUUCAGAAGGUCGCUCGCUGCGAAGUGGCCGCCAACCUGUUCAAGCAGGCAGCCAUCAGCUGGGCCAUCCAGGCCGUGGUACUCCUCGAGCUGUGCUUGGGCCGGCCUGCCGCUCAGCCGCUAACGAUGGACGCCGUGAAUCGGCUCGUGGCGUCCGCCGGUUCUCCCGCCGGCGACGCGAGACGCGAUGGAGAAGAAGGCUCCGACGAUGGCUGUGAGAAUGAGGACGACGAAGGCGACGAAGAGCGCGCGCGUAAAGUAGACGAGGAAGGUCUUCGGCAAGCCAAAGACAAAGCGAAGGACGAAGUCGAAGACUCGAAAGGAGAAGACGGUAAAGGCGAAGAGAAGGUUGACGUUGUCGAGAACGAAGAUCAAAAGGAAGAGCCAAAGUGCGAGCAAGCAACGAAGGUUGGCGCUGAUGACGACGGCUCAGUUCGAGAAGAAGUGGACGUCUCGGAGGAGGCGGCCGUUGAGGACGAGAGCGAGGCGAAGUCAACGCAAGACGAGACAGUCCGGAAGGAACCUCUCAUGGACACGGGUGCAGGAGAUAGCGUAACGCAGGGUGAGGAGCGCGGCGAGCAUGACGGAGCCCAGAUUAACGGCAACCACGGUGAAAAAGGCGAGAACGUUGAGUGUGGGAAGAAAGAAGAACGCGUGGAGAACUUGGAAGAUCGUGGGGAACGUUCUAGAAAAGACGGCGACACUUCGUCGUCAUCGUCUGAAGACGGAGAAGACGAAUCGAAAGCGCCGAUCGACUCCUUCGAGGAGGACAAGUGCCAGUGGAAGAAGAGAAGGCGACGACGGUUUCGGAGAGAGCAGCGCAUUUCCGAAUUCCUGAGCGUCCGGAGGGCAAAGAGCAGUCUUAAUGAAGCUAGCGGCGAGGAUUGGAAUCCGUACCGGCGGCUGCGGUCUCUUUUUGCCGAUCUUUGCGCACAUUAUGCGCGGGUGGCGUCUCCAGAAGCCAAAGAGGGCGCCAUCCUGGACCGCGUGAGCGACCAGCCCAUCUUCUUCCUCAUGGCGCAGCCGGACACCCUCCCGGAAAUCUUGCCGGACAGGCGCAUAUCACGGGCAGACAGCGCCGGCUCUGCUGCGGGAUCCGAACUGGCGGCUCGCCAUCCUGUUCCACUACUGGCUACCGACUCGUCGUCAGACUCAUCCGAGCCCGAGAUGGCGGCAGCGUCCGAGUCGGCGCUGCAGCCUGAUCGCGUUUACUCGAUCGUCACCGAACGCGCCAUCCAGUCCAUGGUUUCCGAGUACAAGCGACGCAAGACGAGGCAUUCGAUGCCGGCAACCGUGCCCGUGGCACCGCCGUCGACGGCAACACUCCGCCGCCAGAGGUCAUCAGUGAGCAGCGUCGCUAGUAAAAAGUCUUCUCUGUCGAAGGGUGCAUCAAUAGGCUCCGACGAAGGUGCCGCUGCAGCCGACAACGCCGGCACCUCUCCUCCCCCUCUACCUACAGAGGUAGAGAACCAGCGCAGAAGCUCCAUACUCAAGGAUGCAGAAGCCCAUGUACAAGUAUGGUCCCAACUGGCCCAAUCUGUUCUCGAACUUCACCUUUCUCUUUGCGAGGCCGAGUUCUUGGCCUUGGUACCUGUGUUCUAUGCGGGCGUUGAAGUGCUAAUCAAUUGCGGGCCUGCAGAGCCCGAGCUGAGGGCACUCACCACUGACUGGCUGCAUCGUGUGGCUCUCGGCUUAGGCUUCAGUGGCAGCCUGGUAUCCUCUAGCACCUUGCAGCGACGCCUCUAAAUCGUGGGAAACGAGCUUCGUGUGUUGAUAUUCUCUGUGAGGUCUAAAUGUUGAGCCCAGCUUCAUUGCUACUGAAUUUCUGUCUGCUCGCAGUACAGCUUCUGAAUGAGCCCUUAGCUAUCCUUUCUUUAUUAAUAUCUGCCAGCAUUGCUGCCUAGAGCUCAUCUUGUACGACCACAUCGGCCUGCUUGUUCACUGAUUGUAGUUUUGCAGGGCUGUAAUGAGACACUUGCAUAGAGAGUUGCUAUUUUUAUUUGUUUGCAAGUGUCAUAUGUCGACGCAAGAUUCUGACUGUCAGCAGUUGAGUUCUGAGAAAGCCCAUAAGAUGUAGGAAAGUUCGUGGAAAGGAAAAUUUUCUCACCUCCCAUUCGAAGCACGAAGCCAGAAUUUCGAACCAGGACGAUUUUUUUUUUUUUGUCAACGAUGGAGCUCUAUUUCUGAAAAGUCCGUAUGGACUUGCUGGUAGCUUCGUGCUGCAGACAGAUGGUAUUUUUCCUUUUCAAGAUGGUUGACUGAGCUAAUUUUGGCCUUAAUUAACUUGUCCUUUCAGCUGAUUGUAAAAGCAUAUUGAUAUAUAGUAUUAACAUAGAGCACUUGUGCAUGAAAAUUAAGAUUUACUAUGGUUUCGAGGAAGAUUAGUUGACAGAAGCACUAUUCCGACAGCAUGAUCUCUUCGUGCAGUAAACAAUCCUUUUAGCAUGUUAGCAGUCUUUUUUUAGAAUUUGGAGCAAACUAUCUAAUUUUACCAUACGUUUGACUGUGCUGAAUAAAACACUACAAAAACGUUGAUCAUUCCCAUGUUUGAUGGAACAACCAGGGAACAGGAAGAGGCACAUGUAGAAUAUGAGUGUUGGAGCACAGAGGCUGUUAAUGUAUAUAUAUAAGAUUGCCUGUUAUGUCAAUUAGCUUCUAGUCACUUUUUCCUGUGAUCAUCAUUUCUGAUUUGAUUAUUUUUUGUUUUCCAUGAGUGUUACACUUAGAAUAGCCUGCCUUAUCACCUUGACUGUGUUCUUAUUUUUUCCUCCUCUGAGUUUGCUGUGUUGCGUGUUUAACCCAAGAGGCUAGUUUCUUUACCGUAGAAGGCUUUCAUGUACCUCUUUAACAUAGCUGACCUGAGACACUUUUAUACAAAAGUCAAGUGCCAUUCAGAUUACACAGAUUGCAACAGCACUGGGUAUACCGUUCUUACUCUGUGCCUAGUCUACCAGUUGAGAGUUUGAGGCAACGUGUUGUCACAUCAGUUAACCAUGUGUUACCAAGUGUGUUUGUGUUUGGCGUUUUCUGGAAGGGUACGUGGAGCACUUAAUUCCCAUUCAACUGACAUGCCUGCUGAAAAUGUAAAAUUAGGAGAGCACUAAUCUGCCAGCAUAUCUAAAGCCAUUAUGAACGUGGUCUGUGAAAGUGCGAACAUAAAAUUCUCAUCAUUGACUUGCAAAACUUCCCAGUAUUUGCAUGAUUUCUACCUACUAGGAAGCGCAUAAGUGGCAAUGUAUUGCAAUGGCUAUAAGACUAUCCUUAACACUGUGUACGAAUUUGGUACACAUUGCAAACCAUCUAUGGCAACUACACCAUAUUUUAGUGUCUCAGAUUCGUUUGAUUUCUUUGAUUUUGCAUCGCACAUAUCUUAAGAGUACACCGUGGCUAUGUCUUUGCACAAUAUUUUACAGUGUGCUGCAAACAUAUUUUUCUGGAGACUGAACGUAUGUAUGUUUUUCUCAAGUCGCACCUUGUAUCAUGAUUUUCAGGUCUUUGUUUUACAUUUUUGGGGGGAGUUGUGUGUGAAGGAAUGGUUUUUCUUGGCUCAUCAAAAUUUCAGGAGAACAAGACAUAUGGUCUUAUGCAGAUUUAAUUAACACUUGUGGACGUUCAUUUCAAAACGAAAAAAAAAGGCAAUUAAUACCUGUUGACUUCUAGCUUUUUUUCACUAUCACUGGUAUAGUCUUCAGUAAUGGCUCUUUUGGGAUGGUUAUAAUGUUUGCGCAGUUUUGUGAUUCAUUGGUAAUGACCACUUGUGAUGCAGGCCACCUUAAGAUUUCUCAUCUGCGAAAUAGCAUUGAAAAGCAAUGCGCUUGAAUAAAAUGUUAUCUUUUAGUGCUUUCGUGCAAGCAUUGGCCUUAACUGAGAGUCAUGAUUAGCAUACGUGCGAAAUGUAACAUUCUCGCAAUUUCUGAGUGCUCCUUAUACCUUUCGUGAUAAUAUGCUGACUUCACAUGUAUGAACUAUGAUUCUGCAUUUAUUUUGCAAACUGUCUUUUGUAUGACAAAGUUUUUCUGCAUACCUCUUAGCAUGUGUGUUAUUUUUUCCAUUUGUUGUGUGGAGAACAGUGUGGAUUUGUGGUCAAUGGUUGGGGUGCCAAAGGUCUUUGUGUUCAUGCAGAUGUUAAGCACAUUUCAGGGGACAAGGCUAACUAUAUGCAUUUAUACAAUAUAUAUAUUUAUAUUGUGUAUGCCUGGCACAAUUUGCCCUCCACAUCACUGCAACCAUUCAGGGUUGUUGUGGAAUCUCGAGCUGUUGUGUUUCAUGUGUGAUUAAACAUCAAAAG